UUAGAACCGAACCCCCCUCACAGCGGGAGUCCUGCCGGAUCAUGGCGUCCACGGACCCCCCUCCGGUGGCUCAGGGCGGCGAGGACACCCUCAGCCCCUCCGCUGUCAACCGCGUGCUGAUGGAGCUCCUGAUCUCCGUGGGGAAGACCCUGGUCGUGGUGUACCCGGUGUACCUGACGGGCUACCUGGGCCUCAGUAUCAGCUGGGUGCUGCUGUGCAUGCUGAUGGUCACGUGGUGGAGGAAGAACCGCGUGCAGAAAUUCUCGCGCAUCGGAUCAGCCAUCGACUUCGUGGACAACGAGAAGCAGGUCAUAGACACCGAGCUGAGCGGGUCUCUGCAGAUGGCCUCGUGGGUCCAUUUCGAUGAUGUGGAGAAGGUUCAGUGGCUCAAUAAGGUGCUGGAGCAGGCUUGGCCCUUUUUUGGGAUGUACAUGGAGAAGCUGCUGAAGGAAAGCAUCCAGCCGACCAUCCGGCUCACCAACUCUGCGCUGAAGAUGUUCACUUUUAGCAAAGUCCACUUUGGACAUAAAGCUCCCAAGAUCACAGGAAUUCGAGCGUACACCCAGGAAGUGGACCACAGGGAGGUCGUUCUGGAUUUAAAUAUAAAUUUCGAAAGCGACAUGGAAAUCGAUGCUGCCGUGAAUUCAGCGAUCACAGCUGGAGUUAAAGGAGUUAGAAUUCAGGGAACGCUGAGGGUCAUUUUGGAGCCACUUAUCAGUCAAGCCCCACUGGUUGGAGGGAUUACUUUGUUCUUCAUUCGUCGUCCGACUUUGGGAAUUAACUGGACUGGAAUGACGAACCUCUUGGACAGCCCCGCGUUCAACUCACUUUCUGACGAUGCCAUCAUGGACAUCAUCGCCUCCCUCAUGGUGUUGCCCAAUCGCAUGUGCAUUCCCCUCAUAGACCAGGUCAAAGUGGAUCAGAUGAGGUUUCCUCUUCCUCGCGGUGUUGUGAGGGUUCACGUUCUGGAGGCCAGAAACCUGGUGGCCAAGGACACCUAUCUGAGGGGUUUGGUGAAAGGCAAAUCCGACCCCUAUACCAUCGUCAGAGUUGGUAACCAGCAUUUUAAGACCAAAACCAUCGACAACUGUUUGGACCCAAAGUGGAACGAAGUGUAUGAGUUUGUUGUCCAUGAGGCACCGGGGCAGGAGCUGGAGGUGGAGCUAUUCGACGAGGACAACGAUAACGACGACCCUCUGGGAAAUUUUCGCCUUGAUUUAGGAGAAGUAAAGAAGGAAAAAGAAAUGAAACAGUGGUUUCCUCUGAAGUCGGUUGAGAAAGGUGAGGUUCACCUGCAGCUCAACUGGCUUUCUCUCCAGACCGACGAAUCGCUCCUCAGGAAGUCGCAUGACGGCCUCGCUUGUGCAAUGCUUGCAAUUUAUCUGGACAGUGCUUCCAACUUACCAAAAAACCUCAGCGAGGUACAACAAAAACAUGGCAAACAGCCGAAGGAGGGGCGGCUCACAAAGACAAAAUCCGGGCCGAACUCUUACGUGGAGUUUUCUGUUGGCAAAGAUGUUAAGAAAAGCAAGGUUGUGUACGCAAAUAAAGACCCAGAAUGGGGGGAGGGCUUCACUUUCUUUGUACAAAAUGUAAAAACACAGGAGCUUAUUAUUCAUGUCAAAGAGUAUGACAAAAAGACAUCCCUGGGUAAACUCGAGUUACCUCUCAAUCGCCUUUUCAACAUCCCUGACAUGGUUUUGGACCAACGCUUCCUGCUGGAGUCCUCCGGAGCAACAAGCGAAAUCAAACUGAAGGCAACUCUUCGGAUUCUUUCCAUGGAGGAAAAACCCAAAACGACUGUAACGACUCCUCAAAAGGAACCUCCGACAUCACAAGCCAAAGAUGAUGGAGGCGUUUCCACCAACGCUGCUGCCUCAUCUUUUGCCCGUCCUCUUGACAAGGGCACAAGAAAAGACCCAUCAACCCCACGCCAAUCCCACCCCUUAGCGUCAGACUCCGGGAAGCCCUCUACUCCAAACAUGCGCCGGUACGACUCUCGCAGCCUGCUGUCGGAGAAUUCCCUUGCUUCAUCGCGCUUCGACUUAUUAGACGGAGCUUCCUAUCCCGAGGCAAUUAGGAAUCAUCAGGGCUCAUUUGGAGAGAUCAAACUCACCAUACGCUACGCCGGGCUCCGAAAAAAACUCCUGGUGGUUGUGGAGUCUUGCAGGGACUUGUUCCCCUGCAGUGAGAACGGCACGGAUUCGUAUGUCCGCCUGUACCUGCUCCCUGAUCAGGCCUUCCUUCACCGCAAGAAGACACACGUCCAGAAGAAGACCGUGUCCCCAUCCUUCAAUGAGAAGUUUGAGUUUGAUGUACCCCUUACAGAAGCCCUGAACAGGAAGUUGGAUGUGGCGGUGAAAAAUAACAAGAUGUUUCAUAGAAAGGAGAUAAAGGACAUUGGCACGGUGAUAAUAGAUCUCUCACAGGUGGAUCUGGAAAACGGCAUCUCAGAAUGGUUCGAGCUCACCCUCCCCGGGCUGAAGAAAUCCAUCUAAGGGGGGCAGCAGAACGUUGAAAAACUGAGGCGAUGCUUGGAGAAUGGCACAUUCAAGCAACAACUUGUUUACUAUAUUCAUCGGUUUUUAACAUUUUUUGCACACCUUUGUGGUUUGGGGACUUGAAAAUUAAAGAAAAUGUAUCUUUUAAAGGUAGCCAAAAAAUGUUUUUGUUUCCUUUAGGUCUAAGUAUUAGAAAGUACAGCGCUCACUGGCUUUUUCUCUUUGCUGUCUUGAAGUAUUUGAGUAUAUUUGCAUUAACUCUUAAGAUGUUUAACUCUUGAGAAGAAUAACCAAUUUUACAUUUUAUCUUUUUAAAUUAGGUCAUUUUUGCCAAAGUUCUUAAAUAGUUUAAAAAAAAGCUUUUAAUUGGCACUUUUCUGGUGGUACUUUAAAAUUGUUUGAAAUGUUUUGCCACGGUUUAAAAAAACGUAACUGUGACUAUAAUGUGAGACGCUUCACAUUUGUUUUCAAAACAAAAUUUUCUGACUUUAAGGAAACCUGAAUGUGGUGUGAAAGCGAAGAAAGAACUUCCUGGUUACUGAUUUUACAAAAUGUGUGAAAACAUGUUUAAAGAAGCUUAUAUUGCUUAGUUUGGUUGAAAAUAUUUAUAUUGAUACUGUAAAUGAUCAUGUUUCGAAGGCUGACGUUUUGAAACUAUAAACUAACUUUCUGGUUAUAUUUAUCAAAAAUAAAUUUGUUUCAAAGCAUGUCUGAUGGUGAUAUUAAAUGCAAGUACUGUGUAAACAUAAAGGGCGUUUUUAAUGUAUUAGUACAAUCUUGGACAUUAUUUUUUUUUUAUUUUAACCUCUUAAGAAGCUAACAUUGUUUGUAAACAGAAUUUGCUUAGGCACAUAUCUAGAUAUUGAUCAAUUUUAUUGACCAAGUAAACUAAAGUUUAGAAAGGAUUUUGGCCUUUUAGAAAUACCAGCAAAAACACAAAAGACAACUAAAACCUGUUUCUUGCACUUCCUCCAUUUUGAAUUCUAAAUGGUAAUGAAUUUAUGAACUAAAGAUUUAAUCAAAAAGAUUAUUUUUCAGUCAACUUGAGAAUUUUUGGCAUUGAAAAAGAAAUGACAGAAGUUGUCCACUUUUUUAGUAAAAAAUAAAUAAAUAAUAUGUGAUCAUCUAGUAAAAUUAAUUUAUUCUCAUGCACAGUAUGGGUAGUUUUUAUGUUUCCUCCAGAGCUUCUUUUUUUAUUCCCCAGCUUUUCAACCACUCAACUGUUUCUUGUCACUAACAUCCAUUUUUUUCCUCAAACAUCCUUUAAAUUUUUAUUACUAAACCACAUUUUAUUUCCUCAUGCGGUCAAGUUAGGACUCAAGGUGAGGCCUCCUUUCAGUACUGUGGUGCUCAUUUGUACCUGAAGAUCUGAGAGUUUCUGCUUCUGUGGAAAUAAAAGAAACCUCUUUUUUUAAGUUAGCUUUUAAAUAAAUAAUUUAAUCAACUUGUUUAUUUGGUUUUUAAGUAUUUUAUUGCUUUUAUAGUUUAUCAUUUGUUUAUUUUUUUCUCGGUCUAUCUUUUAAUCCAUGCAGUGCCUCCUCAAAUUUCAGCCACAUUUCCCUCCAGUUCAUGUCUGUCUUUUUUUUUAUUGUUGUUGCUUUUAAUCUAAUGUGUCUAAUUUUUAUGAUUUUAACUCAUCUGUAUGUCUUUUAUGUCAAGCUUGUGUUUGACAGCACGUUGAUGAAAAAUGCUGCAUAAAUAAAGUCUCUGAUUGAAGGAAAA